AUGGCAUCUAUAUCAGGAACUUGGCUGUAUCAAGCUUUUGGUGUGCUUCUGGCAGAUAGAGGAUUGAAGGGUGCAGUCUUAGUACAGAGCCAUGCUACUGGGAACCCAUGUUUCAAUCAUUUCAAGGCAUCAACUGUAAGUUCAUUUCCAGUUGGAUUAUUCCAAGUUAGAGUUGGCUCGAAUUUAUCACCAAAGAGGGCACCUUUACUUCCUUCUAUAAAGUGCGAGAAGAAGGAUGAUUCCUCCAAAGAUUUCUCUAUUGAGCGUCCACCCUAUGAUAGCUAUAUGGACUCAACAUCUGGGCAGCUUGAACCUGCAUCAGGUGCUCGUGCCAGCAUUCCAGGGCAGGAUUAUUGGCCUGAAGGCACUGCAAGUCGAGUUAGGGCUGCCAGGGCUCCUGAGCCCACUGGUAAAUCAGUUGGAUCUCCAUCUUAUGGUAGAAAUCCUGGAAGUAGGAGGAGGAAGAAUAAAACAUCAGUUGCUGCUGGUGAAUCUUCUGAACCAAGUGUAGAAUCAAGUGAUACAGUGGCAGUGGAACUGGAACCAGAGACUUCAGAGGACACACUAGAGGAUCCUAAAGAUUUCCCAUCUGAAUAUGUUGUCUAUCAGAAUGAACCUGAAAAAGAAGAAGAAACAGGAUUUGAACUAGACAAGAAACUUGGACGUCCUCAUCCCUUUAUUGAUCCAGAAACAAAGAAGCCACUAGAGGAGCCACUUACGAGUGAUGAACUAUGGUGGAACUGGAAAAAACCAGACAAGGAACAAUGGUCCAGAUGGCAAAGGAGACGACCAGAUCUUGAAACGGUUUUUCUCAAAGCAAUGGCAGAGACUGGGCAAGUAAAGCUUUAUGGUGAACAUCCAACAUUGACUGAAACUUCACUUUACAGAGCAAGACGACAUCUUUUCAAGGAAGAGAGGCUUCAAGCAGAACAAGAGAAGUUGGAUAGAAUAGGUCCACUUGCAUACUAUUCAGAAUGGGUUAAGGCGUGGAAAAGAGACACUUCUCGAGAAGCUGUUCAGAAACAUUUUGAAGAGACUGGUGAAAAUGAAACAACCCAACUAAUUGAAAUGUUUUCUCAACAAACUGAUCGAGAGUAUCGUAUAAUGAUGGGGACUGAUAUCCGUAUACGUAGGGACCCCUUAGCGAUGCGUAUGCGAGAGGAUCAAAUAAAGCAAAUAUGGGGCGGAGAUCCUGUUUACCCAACUGUGAACUAUAUUCAAGAUCCAGAUGAAGUGAUUGAUUACAGAGGCCCAGAUUUUCAUGAACCGACACCAAAUAUGCUGUCUUUUCUGAAGGAGCAUGGAAAAAUCAUAUCAAGGGAGGAGAUUGAGAAAAUUCUGUCAAAAGAGAAGACCGAAGAGCUUCAGGCACCUGAUAUGGAUGAAGCUAUGGCACAAGCUGUUGACAUUGGUGAAGAUGAUGAAGGAGAAGAUAGUGAGGCCGAGGUUGAUGAACAAGGAGAGAAAAUCACACGCAAUUGGAGUAUUUUGAAAACUACUCCUGGGCUUACCAAGUCAAAGGGUAAACCCAAAAAGGACGCCUUGUCUUUGGAAGAGGCUGUAGACGAUUCAGAGAACUUGACAGAUUUUCUGAUGGACUUUGAGGAAGAAGUGUAA